AUGGCAUCUAAUGCUACCACUCCUGCCGCAGGUCAAACUGCUGGUAAUGGAGCACCUGCCGCAUCUGCCACACCACCUACCGGACCACCUACUGCACCACCUACCGAGCCUCCUGCCGGACCACCUGCCGAGCCACCUGCCGGACUACCUGCUCCUGCUCCUCCUCCAGCAGUAGAAGUCGAUAUUGGUAUAAAUCAACAACCAGUAAUCGAACAAACCAGAAAGCGCAAACAGGAAGGUUUCGAAGACACUCGUCCAAAGCGAUUAGGAAUGCCCAAAGAUGAUGCUAGUCCAGAAGAGCGUGCUUUGGCUGAGUUCAGGAUCAUUAAAAGUGAUCUUGGGAAUUGGUACGUUAGAAAUCGAGGACGUGAUUACCCAGGUCCAAAGACUCUUGCUGGUAAGAUUAAUGGAAGCAGAUCUGCCAUCCUAAUUCUCAAGGAAAUUGGGAGAGGUGCUACCGAAAUGCUUAAUGUUAGAGUCAAGUUUGAUAUGUUCAGUCAAGCACCAAGAUUGAGAAUAUUCGCUGGUGAAUAUCACUUCUCUUUACAUAGUCACAAUUUUGCUGCUAUGACUGCAACCAAUCAAAUCUGGAAGCAAAAGGUCCAUCUAAUUACUGAAGCGAGUGAUGAGGCUAAGAAUGCCAGCAGGGCAGAAAUUGCGAAGAUUCUAGCGACAGAUUUCCAAAGUCCUUGUCAAAGAGAUGUUGAUCGAUUGAUCGAAUUCGCCCAACACAAUAGAGAACCGCUACUCGAAUUCUUUGGAUUUAAUUUAGGUGGACCAUUUUAUUGGGAUGCGAAACCAGAAUCAGCCGUCGAUCUCGCAGUAAUGGAAGUGUUCAUGAGUAAACUCAGCCAUGGUAGAUUCCACGCAACAUUGGUGCGCUCUCUUAACCCCGUCGCUAGAGCCUCUUUUGAAUACCAUGACGCUCAUUGGAAAUCUCAAAUGGAAGCCAGCAUCAGACAUGGUACUUAUCCUUUCUAUAGGAAGGUCAUUGGAGAUACAGCUGGAGAAGUAUUCAAGGACUGGGAGAAGGACCCCAACAUCACGCUUAUGCAUCAAAGAUGGAUGAGACAUCCACAUUUCGCAGAAGAAUUGAAGAGUUAUGCAUCCCAUGCAGCACGAAGAUCUUUCGGUUCACCAAGAGAUAUGCAAAUCGGCUUGAGUCUUGGUGUCAUUUUUGAAGGCAUGUGGGAGAAAUACAACAUCAGCCGUUACUUCAGUCCUGAGUUUACACACCAAAGUACAGUCAAGAGCAAAAAAGGACCUUUCAUACAAUUACACGUAACUGUUGAAAAGGAUGAGAACUUUGCCAUGCCUGAUGUCGCUCCAGGUACUCACAUGAAGUUUACCGUUGUACCUCUGCCUAUUGAUCCAGAAGCACCAAAGGAACCAGUAGCCGAUCCUGGAUUUAUCAUGGUUAAGGGUAUGAAGCAAAAGAGAAAGGCGAUGCCACCUGGUGGUUGGAUGCCUGCAACUGAGGUAGUUAAAGCUCGUGUCCUAUCAGUCGACACUCAGAUGGACUUCGUACUUGGAUUUCAAAUCGUCAACGCAGACUACCAAAAAGCAUUCAGCAACAAUGCUAAUUUGGAGAUUUGUAUCGAGAUGGAUAGAAAUACGAUCCCCGCCAAUCGCAUGUUAAUGGCUAUUGCAAAACUUUGCGGUCCACCCAGGGCAGUAAACGAAUUCAGGCAACGAGCGUUUCUCAUGGGUCAUGGUGUCGAGAAUGUAGGUUCCUCUAUUUAUACUGAAUUCAAGGAUCAGAUGACCAAGCAACAGAGAGGUGCUUUCGACUAUUUGUGCAAAUCAAUGGACAUGAACAAGCAACAAUUGCGUGCAUGGGAGUUGAUGUUUUACAGCAACUGUCACACCAGCCUUCUUCAAGGUCCACCAGGAACUGGAAAGACAAAGACUGUUGCUGGUCAAGGUUUAGGACUUGCAUUAUGUGGAGUGAAGACUCUCAUUACUGCUCCUUCGAACACAGCCGCAAGAGAAGUAAUGAUCAAGCUUCUGGAUAUGUUGGCCACUAUCCGUGAAAAGUUCCCUCAAGUUGAUGAAUGGUUUGACAUUGUUUAUCUUCCAACUCGCGGUACCACCAUAUCCGAUUUGAAGGAAGCUGACAUUGACUGGGAUUCUCUAGCCUAUGAUAUCGUUGUAGAAGGAGAGAGUCAAACUGGUCAAGCCGGUCUUGAUAAGAACGCUCUCUGGAAACACGUGGUUAAGUCUUUUGAAGAGGAUGCCGAGAACAAAGAUGACGCGGGGAAACAACAGGUUGCCAAGCAAUGGUUGAUUACACUCAAGCAGUUCAAGAACUGUAUACCCAUCACUUCAAAGGAGAAGAAGAAGUUCUUCUUGAGAGCCGAGAGCAAGACGCAGGAGAUCUUUACUUCCUUGACUUCCAAGGUGAAGAUUGUGAUUUGCACUUGCAAUACUGCACAUCUCCUUCAAGGAUACGGUUACAAGCCACAAGCCUGCCUCACGGAUGAAGCUGCAUUUGGUGCUGAACCAGAAGUCUUGAUUCCAGCCGCACUCUGCGCUUCCAAGAAUCAAUACUCUGGUGAUCACAAGCAAUUGCACCCAGUCGUUAAAUCUGCCGGUCACAAUGAGUUCUCAAACCAGUUGGGUUUGUCGUUGUUUGAGAGAUUCUUCAAUCACCACAGCGCUCACUUGGUGAGAUUCAACAUGAAUUAUCGCAUGUGCAAGAGAAUCGCAAACUUCCCUGGUAUUGCGACGUAUGGAUUCUUGGCCUCUCAUGCUAGCACCAUGGUGGAAAGCGACACAUUGAAGUAUUACAAUCAAUGGUGGAACUCGGAUAAUGCUGAACCAUACAGAGCUGCGCGUCGUAAGCCUGAAUUUGGUGGACCCAAGGACGAUAAUGCUCAACGCUUGUUCAUCAAUGUGAGAGAUGGUAAAUCUGCACCAAGGGAAGGCGGAAAAUCCAAGAGAAAUUUCGCAAACAUCAACGCCGUCUGCGAUUUCACCAUGAACUUGUUCAGACAUGAACCCACUGUUGAUGUCACCAAGAUUGAUCUCGAUAAAAUCACAGUCUUAAUACUAUAUAAGGAAGAAUUGCACGAGAUCUCUAGACAACUCAUGAUGAGAUUAAAGGCCGAGUAUCCUAAGAUUGAAAGAUUCCCUCGAUUCCGUACCAUCGAUAGUACGCAAGGUGGUGAGAACGAAGUCGUCUUGCUUGCAGUGACUCCUGCCGAUCAGUACAAUGGUGGACUUAUUGGAUUCUUAAGUGAAUGGAAUCGAAUGAACGUCGCCUUGACCCGUGGUAAGAGUGUCAUGGUUAUUUUCGGAAACUUGGAUCUCUGGCGUUCGCAAUUGGUUGUCAUCACUCAGACUUUGAGGGCUAAGAACUUUGCGCUCAUGAUUAUGGAUCUCCUGGAUCUUGGUGAUGUCAUUGAUGUCGAUGGUGAUAAUUGGCUUCCAAAGACAUUUGCUCAAUUGAGGAAUGGUCGUCCAGCUUGGACCAUGGAAAUUGAAAAGACUCGUAAGGAGGAUUCGCAAUUAACUCCUCUGGCCAAAUCGCUCUUAUCUAUGCACCAGGAUCCAGCGGUUAAGACCGGGUAUGAGCAGAAACUUCUUGCCGAAUUGGUCGCAUUGAGAAAGGUAGCAAGCGACUUCGAGAAAUUGGAGGAAGCUGGCGUUGAGUAUAAUUUGCCUUCUUUUGGACCAGCUGAACAGAUUGUCGAUGGAGUUCAAGAAGAAGUAGAUGAAGAAGAUAGUGAGGGGAUCGCCUUGCGAAACUUGUUCCCGGGAGCUUCGAUGAAAGACAAGGCAGAGAAGAAGGAUGCUGACGGAGAUGAGGCCAUGAAGGAUGACAAUGGAAUCUCUUUGAUAGAUAAAGCCUCAGCUACAAUUGCAUCUGAAAUCUCUAAGGAGGCUACAGAUCGUGAAAAUGCUGCCAAGGAAUCAUCUGGGGACGAUACUGCAAUGUCCACAGAUGAAAAUAUCGACGAGGCGGUGAAUGCUAUUUUGGAAGACCUUGCUUCGUAA